UUUGUAAACAAAUAUUUAUAGUCUAAAUUUUUGGUAAAAUAAUGUUUGACGUCAUAAUUAUUGGCGCCGGCCUUUCCGGCCUAACAACAGCUUACAAAAUUCUACAAAAAGAACCAUCUCUCAGAUUGAAAAUUCUCGAAGCAAAUGAUACAAUUGGAGGACAAAUUGCUUCAUCAAAAUUAGAUGGAGAACUCGGUGCAAAAUUACUCAAAGCCGAUCAAGCUCAUAUUUAUAAUUUGUUCACUGAUCUGGGAAUACAUAUGCUACGAAGAAGACCAAUUUCAAGAAAUCUUAAACGCUCCUGGGCUAUAGACUCCGGUCCAUUUGCUUUUAUAGCAAAAUUUGAACUUCAGCGUUAUAUGAAUGAUUUGGAUCUACAAUCACAACUUUUUCGACCUGGAACUUAUGAUCUUUCAUCAGAAGAUAAAAAAUAUACAAUGUGGCGUCAUAUAAGAAAAAGUCUAUUCUUUGAGAAUUCUCGACUUUUUAUGAUAAAUUUUGUUCGCCUUAUUGCUGGUGUUGAUUCAAAAGAUAUAAGCUUUGUUGAGUUUAUGAACAUUUUACAUAGCUGCGGUGAUUUGACAACAUUGAUGGAAUUGUAUAUCGAACCUUCACAAAGUGUCUUAGAAUUUUCUUCAGAACAACUUCUUGCAGCUUUUGAAACCCGACUUGAGCCAGUGUCAAUUAAAAGACUUACAAAAGUCAUCGAAAUUCAGCAUCAUGAAGACUACGUACAAAUUGGCGAAACAAACGGAACUAUUCACACAGCCAGAGUUGCCGUCUUGGCUAUUCCAUGUAACCAAAUAGAAGAUAUCUUCAUAACUCCACCCAUUCCCAUGGAAUGGGAAAUACCUUAUCUUGGUGAUAAAUAUUUUAUCACCUCGUUCAGAGUUAACUACGACGAACCCCAUUGGCGUCGACGAGGUUUUUCUGGUAAUUUUUACUCUUCAAAUCCACCAAUCUUCGCUCAUCAAUACAAACCGACCUCUUUAGUUGGUUGUAUUUUACAUGGACAAGGUUUUGAAUUGCUUAUCAAAUCUAUUGUUUUGAAAAGUUUGGCUGAAAGUUUCGGAAAUGAAAUGACUGAACCUGUUUCAUACAUUCAACAAACUUAUGAACAAACUUCGUUACUGAAUCUUCCCUAUACCACUCCAUGGAAUCGUAUAAUUUGGUCAUCAACUUCAACAGCAACACUUUAUCGUGGUUGCUUAAAUGGAGCUGUUCAGAGUGGUUUAAGAUCUGCUAUACACGCUUUACUGAUAUUAAGACCUCAAAGUAUUAACUGGCAAGAUUUGGCAGAAAUUCAAAAAGCAAGUGUAGUCUAUCGAUAUCCGAGUCAUUGGGAUUUGUUGAAGAGCUCAAUGAAUGUUUACAAUACUAUGGUUUAUUCUACUAUUGCCAUCGUGGUCUUUUGUGUUCUAAAGAACAGAAAUAAAAUCUUCAAUUAGAAUCUA